AUGGUCAGCGGAACCUCAUCAUCAACCAUGGCACUGACGGAUCGAUUCGAGAUCAUUAAGGAUAUUGGUGAUGGAAGUUUUGGCAGUGUCGUACUUGCCAAGGUGCGGUCGGCUGGAGCUGGUGUAGCAAGGCGUGGGAGUGUGGUUGCUAUCAAAACGAUGAAGAAGACCUUUGACUCUUUCGCGCCUUGCCUAGAGCUCCGAGAAGUCAUCUUUCUACGACAGUUGCCAGCGCACCAGCACCUAGUACCGGCUUUGGAUAUCUUCUUGGAUCCCCACACAAAGCGGCUACAUAUCUGCAUGGAGUACAUGGACGGAAAUCUCUAUCAGCUGAUGAAGGCAAGGGAGGGCAAGCUACUCGAAGGAAGCGUGGUAAAGAGUGUACUAUUCCAGAUAUUGUCCGGAUUAGAGCACAUCCACGCUCACGGAUUCUUCCACCGCGACAUCAAACCUGAGAAUAUCCUCGUUUCGACAUCAGCCCAGAACCCCCACGAUUCUACGGGCUCCUUCCGCCGAUACUCAAAUCUUGUGACACCACCAGCGACACCUCCGACGUACACUGUCAAAAUUGCAGACUUCGGACUUGCGCGUGAGACCUCGUCAAAACUUCCAUACACAACAUACGUAUCAACAAGAUGGUACCGAGCGCCUGAGGUGCUAUUGCGGGCUGGCGAGUACAGCGCGCCAGUAGACAUCUGGGCAGUUGGUGCAAUGGCUGUAGAGGUAGCAACAUUGAAACCUUUAUUCCCAGGUGGUAAUGAGGUAGAUCAAGUUUGGAGAGUAUGCGAGGUUAUGGGGUCUCCAGGGCAGUGGAUCGGCCGAAAUGGAAAGAAGAUGGGUGGUGGUGAAUGGAAAGAGGGCUCAAGAUUAGCAGGAAGGCUUGGUUUUAGCUUCCCAAGGAUGGCACCUCAACCCAUGGAGACCAUUCUUCAGUCACCUACAUGGCCUGCGUCAUUGGCAACGUUUGUUACACAAUGUUUGAUGUGGGACCCACGUAACCGUCCAACUUCCAUCCAGGCUCUUCAACAUGAGUACUUCAAAGAUGCAGUUGACCCUCUCCUUCCUCGAUCAAACACGCCGUCACGAAUGCUCCGAAAGCAGUCUGAUCUUGUAUCAAAACAAUCGAGGGAUUCGAUCACAGAGGUUCAGCCUACACUUGAAAAGAAGAACUCAUGGUUCCGAAAGUCAUUCAUCGGUACAGUAAGAGGCGAUGGCGUUGUUUCCCCACCCCCCACAACAACCAUCGACCGUGACUUCAAGCCAAAAUCGGAGAAAAGGAGUACAUGGCACGCACAAAAAGUACCAGCAGCAGGUGCCUCAACCAGUGCAGCACCAAUGAUGAUACUGCCUACAAUCAGGCCAGUAUCCCCAUUGAGUGACACUGUUUCUGUCGAAGCUGCUAGACAACGAAGGGAGAAUCAAUCACCUUCUAUGGAAAAGGAGAGGAGGAGAAUGGAAGAAAAGACCGUAAAGAAACUUGGCCGACAAUUGUCAGUGGCUUCAACGAAUUCACAGAAUGGCAAUGGUUAUACAAACGUGCAUGUUGCAAUGGCAGCUGAACGGUUGAAUGGCAACGCGAAUGUAAAUGGAGGUUUGGCAAGCCCACCCUCGGCGGGUGCACAGAAGGAGAGUUUUUUUUCUCACUUAAGAAAGCGCGCACGGAGACUGUCUGGAAAAAAUGGUGGACUUCCUGGAAGUCCCGGCGAUGAGGAUCUAGAGGCUGGGAUUGGUUGUGGCAUUGCUUGGGGAGGUAAUGCAGGUGGUGGAAGCAACAGGAGCAGCAUGUUGGUGGAGAGUCCCAGCGAUACCGGAGCAUUUGAUAGGGCUAUCAGGGACGUUGAAGGCGUGUUGGACGACUCAAACAGCUCUACAUACUCUGGCAACAAAGGGAGCAACUCCAUCCGACGAAAUUCCAGCUUCCCGCCUACCCCGGGCGGAUCGCGUGGAGAGGCUGUACCAAGCAGCGGGAUUGUGGUGGCACCAAUCAGUUCUAGGACGCGACGAAGUGUACGGAAUGCCAGACAAAGAUAUGAAACUCCGGAUGAGAAUGACGAACUAGUCGAUGAGGCGGUCGAUGUUCUGGUCCGAAGGAGUAGGAAAGACGAUGAUUUGCAACAACCAAAAUGGCCCACACCACCCAGCGAAGGCGAUGGAUGGGGUGCAUAUACGGAGGCUGUCGCUGCGGGGCGGUAG